AUGUGCUUUUUCCCCCUUUUUUAUGGCUGUAGGAGCUGCGAAGGACGGAAUAUUAGAUACAGAACAUGCAGCAACGUGGAUUGCCCUCCAGAAGCAGGUGAUUUUCGAACCCAGCAGUGUUCAGCACACAACGAUGUCAAGUAUCAGGGGCAGUUUUAUGAAUGGCUUCCUGUCCCUAAUGAUCCUGACAACCCAUGUUCAUUGAGGUGCCAGGCGAAAGAGACAAACCUUAUUGUAGAACUGGCGCCUAAAGUCCUGGAUGGAACUCGAUGUUAUACUGAAUCACUAGACAUGUGUAUUAGCGGCUUGUGCCAGAUUGUUGGCUGUGAUCAUCAGCUGGGAAGCCCUGUGAAGGAAGAUAACUGUGGGGUCUGCGAUGGCGAUGGUUCCACCUGCCGGCUUGUUCGAGGCCAAUAUAAAUCUCAGCUCUUGGCAAAUAAAUUGGAUGACACUGUUGUUGCUAUUCCCUAUGGAAGUCGUCAUACUCGCCUAGUGCUGAAAGGUCCUGAUCAUUUAUAUCUAGAAACCAAAACUCUGCAAGGUGUGAAGGGUGAAAACAGUCUCAGCUCCACAGGAACCUUUAUUGUGGAUAAUUCUUCUGUUGAGUUCCAAAAAUUUGCAGACAAAGAGAUACUAAGAAUGCCUGGCCCUCUCACUGCAGAUUUCACUGUAAAGAUCCAUUAUGCUGGUGCUGCCGACAGUACAGUUCAGUUUAUUUUCUAUCAACCUAUUAUCCACCGAUGGAGAGAAACGGAUUUCUUUCCUUGUUCUGCAUCCUGUGGUGGAGGUUAUCAGCUUACAUCUGCUGAAUGCUAUGAUCUGAGAAGCAAUCGAGUGGUAGCUGAUCAGUAUUGCCACUACUACCCUGAAAACAUCAAGCCAAAGCCUAAACUUCAGGAGUGCAACCUAGAUCCUUGUCCUGCAAGUGAUGGAUACAAGCAGAUCAUGCCCUAUGACCUCUACCAUCCUCUUCCUCGGUGGGAAAGCACCCCAUGGACUGCCUGCUCUUCUUCUUGUGGAGGAGGCAUUCAAAGCCGCACAGUCUCUUGUGUGGAAGAAGACAUCCAGGGACUGGUCAGCUCUGUGGAGGAGUGGAAGUGCAUGUACACUCCUAAGAUGCCCAUUGUUCAGCCUUGCAAUAUUUUUGAUUGUCCUAAGUGGCUGGCUCAGGAGUGGUCUCCG